AUGGGGCUGGGGUCUCUCUGGUGUUGGACUAUGGGGCUGGGGUCUGUCCGGUGUUGGACUAUGGGGCUGGGGUCUGUCCGGUGUUGGACUAUGGGGCUGGGGUCUCUCUGGUGUUGGACUAUGGGGCUGGGGUCUGUCCGGUGUUGGACUAUGGUGCUUGGGGUCUCUCUGGUGUUGGACUAUGGGGCUGGGGUCUCUCUGGUGUUGGACUAUGGGGCUGGGGUCUGUCCGGUGUUGGACUAUGGGGCUGGGGUCUCUCUGGUGUUGGACUAUGGGGCUGGGGUCUGUCCGGUGUUGGACUUUGGGGCUGGGGUCUCCCUGGUGUUGGACUAUGGGGCUGGGGUCUGUCCGGUGUUGGACUAUGGGGCUGGGGUCUCUCUGGUGUUGGACUAUGGGGCUGGGGUCUCUCCGGUGUUGGACUAUGGUGCUGGGGUCUCUCUGGUGUUGGACUAUGGGGCUGGGGUCUGUCAGGUGUUGGACUAUGGGGCUGGGGUCUCUCCGGUGUUGGACUAUGGGGCUGGGGUCUCUCUGGUGUUGGACUAUGGGGCUGGGGUCUGUCUGGUGUUGGACUAUGGGGCUGGGGUCUCUCUGGUGUUGGACUAUGGGGCUGGGGUCUCUCUGGUGUUGGACUAUGGGGCUGGGGUCUCCCUGGUGUUGGACUAUGGGGCUGGGGUCUCUCUGGUGUUGGACUAUGGGGCUGGGGUCUCCCUGGUGUUGGACUAUGGGGCUGGGGUCUGUCUGGUGUUGGACUAUGGGGCUGGGGUCUCCCUGGUGUUGGACUAUGGGGCUGGGGUCUCCCUGGUGUUGGACUAUGGGGCUGGGGUCUCUCUGGUGUUGGACUAUGGGGCUGGGGUCUCCCUGGUGUUGGACUAUGGGGCUGGGGUCUCCCUGGUGUUGGACUAUGGGGCUGGGGUCUGUCCGGUGUUGGACUAUGGGGCUGGGGUCUCCCUGGUGUUGGACUAUGGGGCUGGGGUCUCUCUGGUGUUGGACUAUGGGGCUGGGGUCUGUCCGGUGUUGGACUAUGGGGCUGGGGUCUCUCUGGUGUUGGACUAUGGUGCUGGGGUCUCUCUGGUGUUGGACUAUGGGGCUGGGGUCUGUCCGGUGUUGGACUAUGGGGCUGGGGUCUCUCUGGUGUUGGACUAUGGGGCUGGGGUCUCUCUGGUGUUGGACUAUGGGGCUGGGGUCUGUCUGGUGUUGGACUAUGGGGCUGGGGUCUCUCUGGUGUUGGACUAUGGGGCUGGGGUCUCUCUGGUGUUGGACUAUGGGGCUGGGGUCUCUCUGGUGUUGGACUAUGGGGCUGGGGUCUCUCUGGUGUUGGACUAUGGGGCUGGGGUCUCUCUGGUGUUGGACUAUGGGGCUGGGGUCUCUCUGGUGUUGGACUAUGGGGCUGGGGUCUCUCUGGUGUUGGACUAUGGGGCUGGGGUCUCUCUGGUGUUGGACUAUGGGGCUGGGGUCUCUCUGGUGUUGGACUAUGGUUCUGGGGUUACUGUAAACAAACGCACAGUGAAAAAGUUCAAUGCAGAGCUCUGA